UAAUAUUAGUGCAGAACACUGUACCUUUAAUUUAAAUGCCCUUGGAGUCUGCUGGGGAAGAGAAAUAAUACUGUCACUCAGUAUGACAUGCAGAUGAGUGCCGUCGAUCUUAGAAUCACCGCACACUUCACUUCAUUUGGCCAGUCACGGGGCCAAAACCAGUGUUUGGAGCCACAGUGUGGCGGUGGAGGCAGCAGCAAUGGGAGGCCAUACAGCAACCUAUGACAAAAUGGAAACCAGCAGGAGUGUGAGGAGACCUGAAAGUGGCACAUGGCAGAGUGUGGCGAUGGAGACAGCAGCAAUGGGAGGCCGUACAGGGACCCAU